ACAAGCUGCAGGCACUGGGAGCCGGACCAGACCUCCGUCAGUCGGGAUAGAGAGAGGACUCUCACACAGAGAGAGUUAAAGAAAGAAAGCAAGAAAGAAAGAAAAAGAAAGAAAGAACGAAAGAAAGAAAGAACGAACGAAAGAAAGAAAGAGAUAGAUGAAAAGAAAUAAUAGAGAUGUGACAAACUUACAGGCAAAGUUUUGGGAAAGACAGUUGUUCAGAUGAAGGAAAGGUAAUGGUAAAAAGCUAAAACUUCACUAGAACUUCACACUGCAGGACACAAUUUGGCAACACAGAAGUAAGCAGCAAAGUAAGUAGGACAAAAGCUUUUUGAAGAAAAGAAGAACGGAGAGAGAAAAGAAAAGAAAGACAAGCAGCAGAAGUGAAGGAAGAGUGCGUGUGUGAGAGAGAGUGAGAGGGACGACAGGAUGAGCUGGACAGCUGAGUGGCCGCAGCGAGGCGGCGGACUGCCUCUGCUCUGGCUGCUGGGUGUGUCGCUGCUGUCGCUGCUGACCGUGGUCAGCGGCCAGGAGCUGCGGGAGGGCGAUGCCGUGUGCACGGAGGACAGGAGCUGCUUCGUGCUCUACUUCCAGCGCAAGACCUUCCUGUACGCCUGGCGCAGCUGCAAGGAGCGUGGCGGAGACCUGGCCACGCUCAAGGAGCCCGGCGAUGCGGCCGCUGUGGAGCGCCUCUUCGCCGGUGCUGACCUACGCAGAGGCGCCGGCCAGCAGCAGAGCGGCAAGUUGGUGCGGGCGUGGAUCGGGCUCCAGCGGCAGCCGCGCCAAUGCUCGGCCAACCGGCCGCUCCGCGGCUUCAGCUGGGUGACGGGCGACCAGGAGACCCGCUUCACCAACUGGCAGGCGGAGGACUCGGCCAGCGCCUGCACCUCGCCCCGCUGUGUCGUCGUGGGCUAUGCCGAGCCCUCGAACCCAGACAACCUCAAGUGGUCAGACGGCCCCUGCUCGAUCACCGUGGACGCGUACCUGUGCAAGUACAACUACAAGGGAAUGUGUCCGAGCAUACCGGGCGAAGGGGGGGGAAACACCUUUUACAGCACACCUUUUGACCUGUUGACCACGGACCUGAGCUACCUGCCGUUUGGAUCGGUGGCUACUCUGCCUUGUCCCGUGGAUACAGUCGGGGAUCAGACGAUCCUGUGCACAGAUAUGAGCGACGGGUCAGUGAACUGGUCGCGGGAGGCUCCCUACUGCUCGCCCAAGCAGAGCUGGUGUGAUCAGGACAACGGCGGCUGCCACCAGCUGUGCAUCGACAAGGAGGACAUGCAUGUGUGCAUGUGCAUCGAGGGCUACGCGCUGGCCGAAGACGGCAUGAGCUGCCUGCCAGACGACCCGUGCCACGACGCGCCGUGCGAGUCCGAGUGCGUGCCGGUGCCCGACGGCGGCGGCUUCCGCUGCGACUGCCCCGAGGUCGUGCUGGAGCCGGACGAGCGCAGCUGCCGCGACCUGGACGAGUGCCAGCAGAUGCCGUGCGGCGUACCCGGCGUCGAACCGCCCGGGCCCUACGAGUGCCGCUGCCUGGGCGGGCUACUACGUCGCGACGGCGGCGGCGACGGCGACGGUGACGGGCCGUGCGAGCACGCCUGCGAGAACACGCUGGGCUCGUACGUGUGCCACUGCCACCUGGGCUUCGCGCCCACGCCCGAGGACCCAAGCCACUGCCGGGACAUCGACGAGUGCCAGAUCGAGCAAACCUGCGAGCAGAUGUGCAUCAACUAUGACGGCGGCUUCGAGUGCUACUGCCAAGAAGGCUACGAGCUGCAGGAUGACCACUACUCCUGCCGGCCGGUCACCGACGGCCCCCACGGGGACACCACCGCUGCCACCCCUGCUGCCCCCUACCCCUGGGCUCCCGUCCUCAACGACUCCAUGUGGACCCUCCCCUGGGAGCCGCGCCCGGACCAGGCUUACGACCCGGACCCCACGGACUACCAGGACAACACCCACUGGACGGUGGAUCACGGAGCAGAGUGGCCCCCGCAGAGACCGCUGGUGCCGUCACCACUGCCAGAGGAGCCGUACUACCAUCCAGAGUCCCACACAGAGAGCCUGGGCGACUACGACUCCUUUGAGAGCCCGGAGCCGAGCACUCAGUUCCCUCCACUGGUGGUGGAGGUGCUGGACCCCACCCCAGUUCCAGAUCUGGAACCGCCAACCCCCUCUCCAACUGCCCGCGAUGACACCACGCCGGACUGGUAUGACGAGGGAGAGGAUGACCACUACGGACUCACAACAACCACCGGCGCUCCCACAACCACCAUCAUCGAGGGGGCAUGGAACUGGCACUGGACCCCCGAGGAAGAGGAGAUUGCACUUGGAAUCAGACCACUCAAACCCUCACCCACACCCACACCCACUGAAGGGGCAGUUCCAGAGGACACCACCCCUACGUCCUCCUCUCGGGCUCAGGAGUGGACGUGCAGGGCUUGCCGUCUGAGGGCCAGCCUGGGGAGGAGAGCUCGUCAGCGGGGGAGGGGGAGGAGGAGGAGGAGGAGGAGGAGGGGCAGCAGCUGGCUCCUGGUGGGGCUCCUGGUCCCGUUCUGCAUCUUCCUGCUCGUCAUGGUGGUCCUGGGAGCCAUCUACUGCAACCGCGUCAGCGCCUCCUCCAAGCCGCAGAACAAGAACUCCUCGGACUGCUACCACUGGAUCUCGGGCGCUGCCGACAAAGCCGGAACGGAGCAUUCUGGAAGCGCCACCAAGUCCCACGUGUGA